GGUCGAUGGAACAGCCAGUACAGCGACAAUAUGGCCACGCGUUCAGUGUUAUCGAACUCCGCCUGAGUCACAGCCGUGGAAACUCGCACUUUCGCGGCGGAUUAGACGACUUGUUACGCGUAGAAUCGGUCGCAGGAUCGCCCGAAUAGAAGAUGGCGGCAGCCAACAAAUGGAAUUUGUCCCGGGAGGAUAUUCAGACUGCGGACAAGGACGAGAGAGAGACGCUGCUGGAGCACGACAGCGAACCGGACGAAGACAUGCUGUUCAACCAACCAAAUACAUCCACAGUGGAACCGAGUGCGUCUAGAUCCGACAUAAAAAUGGAUAGCGUCCGGCUGCAGAUUCAAGAGGUGACAGAGGUGAUGCGUGAGAACGUGCAGAAAGUGAUGGAGCGCGGUGAGCGGCUCGAGGAUCUGCAGGAUGCCAGCGAUCGUUUAUCAAUGGCCGGAAACGAGUUCAGAGCUUCGGCGAAAAAAGCGCAGCAGCGAGCUUGGCUUCAGAACUUCAGGGCUAGAGUGAUACUGGUUACCAUCACAGUGACCGUGAUCGUCUGCAUCAUCGUUCUGGACAUCAUGGUGCUUUACCUGGUUCUCAGAUAGCGAACACGAUGUAACGAGCUUCGAUCGGUCAAUGCCAGUAACCAUCGUCGUGAAAUACUCGUGACUGAGGCUCCCUCCAGACUGAAACCCGAUUGCCUGCGAGCGUACGUUGCGUAUUUGUACCUGUCUUUCAUGGUGUAUUAUAAUCAUAAGUUUAUAUAUCAAUACAUAUCCUAUUAUUUUUAAAUACAA